ACAUUUAUGGGGUCGUACCUCACAUUUUAAAUCCAUCGGUUCAUGUUGGAAUUAUGAACCUUCUUCUUCAUGGUCAAAUUCUUCUGCGAAAUGGAAACUCUUUUGGGUAGUUAGUUCACCAAAAAACAGUCUAGAUGAAUUAGCUUGCAUGCUUUUUCAAAUUAGCUGACUGAAAGUUGCCAUCAACGUAGUAACGUAACCUGGACGGUAUGUAAGCUCGGAAGAGAGAAACAACAAUAAUGUUGCCCAGUCGCUUGGAGAAAUUCUGUUCACCGCGGUUCAUUUGUCAACGAUGAUAUACGGCAGACGGCCAGAGAAAUUUGGAGAAGUUUCAGCAAAACGUGGGAGUUUGAGUUGACCGAUCCGACUAUCACCCCACGUUAAGUUUGGUUCAAGAAGAAUGACUUGGAAAAAAAAAAAAAUACUUUGUCUCUUAGCUUUCCAUAAACCAAAUGAAAGUUGAGCACGACUCUCACUUGCUCAAUAAGAAUUCUUCAUGUUGACUUUUAAUAACUUUAGUGAAAGAUUUAUAACGCAAAAAUAAAAAUAAAAAUACAAGAUACGAGAUUUACGUGGUUAUUCUCAUUUGAUGUGAAUGAGCUUACUCCACGGAGAAAUAUAGAUUUCUCCUACUAUUCUUAUCAGUCGACAAUCAAUUACAAGGAUAUAUAUAUAUAUAUAUAUACCAUAUUCUUCAAAUCAACUAGAGCUAGGUAAUGUAGAAAGGGCUCGCUACACCCUUCCGUGCAAAGCCCGGCUAAUAAUAAUACGAUUAGCUCAGCUCGCAUCAACCUUUUAUCUGGUUAUAAUGAUGAGAAUCAUAUAGUGUGUCAUUGCUAAACAAUCUCAUGAGAGAAAGAAUAAGAUAAAUACAAAGAAGUACAAACCCUAUGCGUGUUGUACCACUUUUGAUACGAAUCAUAGCAUCGAUAAUAUGAUCAUAUCAUGGGUGGUAAGACACGAAUUUAUAGGCUUUACAAUUUUGAGUUUUCCCAUACUCCAACCCUCAUAAAUUUAUUAUAAAAAGAAUAGGAAAAAAAAACACCCAACUAAAUUGAUGAUUGAAAGUUUAAAAUCACAUUACUUAUCCCUUAGGGGGGAAAGAAUCUGCAUUACGCGUGGUGGUGAUAAGGUUCUGUCGUGGGAUCUUCCGGAAUUAAUUUAAUUAAUAUGCAAUUAUUCUCGAGUCUCAACUAGUUUGGCCAUGGCCAGUUAUCAUUCAUUAAUUUUGUCUUCGAAAUGGGAUAUAAUUUCCAACCAUCAUUAAAUUUCUUAAUCGUAUAUAUGAUGACUUGGAUCGCUCUAUGUAGGGCUAACCUAAAGUAUAAUUAAUAACUAAACAGAUUUGACAUUUGGGCUUAAUGAUGGACGAGGUAGGCACUAAUCUCAUUAGAGAGCACUUGCUGGUGGUGGGUUUAAUACGGAGAUAUGUUUAUUUUCUUUGAUUCGAUUCUUCCGUUGAAGAUUGUGUAUCUUGCCCAACCCAUUAAUUAAUUAAUUAAAUAAAUAAAAGGGAUGGUUGAUGAACAUACGAUUAUAAUUUUAUUUAUUAUAUGGUGUAGUGGCUCGAAGCUGUGCAAAUGUGAGUGGAAAGGUGUGAGAUGAUAGAAAUAGUUGGCUUUUAAUCGAAAGUUACAGAGUGUAAAUUUUGAUUGUAGACGUCGGUGUUCGAUUCUUUAUGACACCUUGAUGAUAAACAACACGAUUGAUGUGAACGAGAACAACGAUACAUGUGGCGAUAUAGUUGAUGUGAUCGAUGAUUGGAUGUUAGCAGUGAAAAAAUCAUUUAAAUUUAUCGAAACUGUAUUUUUCAAAAUGCAAUUUAAUAUCUAAAACCGUACGAACGAGAGUAACGAUUCUAGAUAUUAUAACAACACCAACAUGUGCAUUCAUCAAAAUAAAAUUACUGUAACAUAAAUUUGCACCAGCUUAAUUACCAUGUCAUUCAACUAUCGAACCCUUUUUACUUCCACCCAUCAUAAUAUUAUAUUGCCCCGGAAAAAAAGAAAAAAAAUCCGAUUUUGUCUUUUCUGUAGGAAGAAAAAUCAAUUAUAAUUGAUCAUUGUAAUUUGUGAUAAUUAUUAAUUAUUAAUUAUUAUUAUUAUGUAAGUGGGUGUCAUUUGUCAACAUAUACAGAGCUCAAAGCUGGUGUUGACUGCAAGUGUCGAGCCAUGCCUUCCAUUAAUUAGUUAGGUUUCUGAUCAAAAUGCAUCUAUUCUUUUAUAUAUUUGUUUAAUCCACUAGACGUGGUGCUUUGAUUUGUUAAAUUGGGCAGUUGUUCUCCAAGCUUCUAGACCAAGCAAAAUUUUAGUUGACUUUUGAUUAGUUUUCGUAUGAUUAUUAGAGGAAUUUUACAAUGCUAUAUAGUAUUGGUGCUAUAGGUUUUUGCCUUUAUGGUACAACUUGAAAUUGUACAUUUAAAGUUAUGGAACAACUUUGGAUUAUACCUAUACUGUUUGUACAAAUUAUUUUAUGGUACAACUUGAACUUGUACCUUUAUGUGAUGGUACAACUUCAAGUUGUAAAGUUGUACCAUAACAUAAUGGUACAAAUUCUUUUAUGGUACAAUCUAAACUUAUACAUUUCAUGUUAUGGUACAACUUUAAGUUGUAUAUUAAAGCACCAAUACUAUAUAGCAUAGUAGAAAUGCUCAUGAUUAUUAUUCUUGUCGAGCGAUCAACGGGUGAGGAUAAUGAAAAGAAGAAGGGUGGAAUCUAUUUGCGAAGAUUUGGAUUAUGAUUCUCGAAAGAGGGAGAUGAACUAGGAGAAAGUGGAUUCGAAUGUUGGGUGCGAGGUUUGUUGGUCGUACCGUUGUCGAAAGAUCAAAUAGUAAACAAUAAAUAUAGUCCGAUUAAUCUAGAUUUGUACUCGAUCAAGCUAGUUGGGGGGAAUUUAGAAGAGGUAAGUGGGAGGAUGAAUUAGAAAAUUGAUUACCCUAGAUUUUGUACUUGAAUUAAGAUGUUUGAGCAUAUAACAAAAUGACCAUUAUAUCUAUCUCCCCCUACAACUAUAUUAAUUUUAUGAGGGUUGCUAAUUGUCGCCCUAGUUUUAUAUAAUCGCCCUAACUUAUAAAUUAUUAUUACGUAUUUGUCCUUUUUUUAUGGUUAAAAAUAUAAAAAAUAAUCUUUAUCAUAACAAACACAAUUCAUCCACCACCGUCGACCGUGACUCUGCCGCCCGCCGCCAUGUUAAACAAAUGAGGGUGACUAGACCGGGAACAAUGCAAUCGUGGCUGGCCGCUUCCACCAUCGCAUCAUCAGGCAGCCCAUUUCCUAUUGGAUUAGGAUGCUACACAAACAAUAAAAUCAAACCCAAUAAUGAAAGAAGCAUUGAAGUUGACGGGGCAAUGGAGGGAGCUUCUUUCAAUUGUAGUGUUCCUUUAGGAUGGAAAUGGCAUAAUCAGAGUAAAGGGUUGUGGGACAUGAGGAAAACAAGCGAGUAAUGGAUUAUGGGAAUAAGUUUACCUGCCAAGGCCUUCUUUCUGCGCCUUGGUGGAUGGUGCCGCUAGGAAUCAGAAGAAGGGUGUAGACAGGAGAAGGAACGACGGCGACGGUCGGUGGCAGAGGUGUUCAGAGAGGAGGAGGUUGGCACUCUGUUCGAAGAGGAAAUUAGGGAUUUUAGAUUUUAUCGUUUUGAUGAAUUUUGUUUGGUAAUGAAGGGUAAUAUAGUAGUUUUAUAUUAUAGGUUAGAGCGAUAGUAGUAAAACAAGGGCAACAUUUCGCCAUCCAGUAAUUUUAUCCUGUCCACAUCACCAAAAAUAUUAAUAAAGAUGUUCACCAAACCAUUAAAUUCAAGCAAACGACACAACCAACCAACCAACCGGACCCAAACCCAAUCCUUAUCUAUCAUUCUUCGGCCCGUCGGCCUCAUUUGAUUUGGAUAAAUAAACGCAGUUUUGGACU